ACGAACACUCUGAAUAGCACACGAUGCUAUUCAGAGUGUUCGUUGAAACCUGCUAUGUUUCGAGACUUUGCUCACGCAUGCGUAGGGUAAACCUCGUGAAAUGGUUUAAUAGUCCAAGCAAGAUGGUCGACUGUGUGGUUACAUCAUACAUUUCUUUGUCGCAAUAUGUUAAUCAAUUGAACAAUCGCAAGCGAGACUUUGUCAAUGACAAGCAACUUAGAAUCAGAAGAAAAGGAUCAUGUCGGAAGAUUUAUCUCGGACUGACACGUGAGCGGAUUGUUCCGAAUGUUCGGGGGAGAGUCGUUAAAAACCAAAUCAAAUCUUCCAUCUUCAUGUGUACACGGUUUUGUAUAAUAUUUUUUCUCGCUAGAGUACGCUAGGAUUUAUCAUUUGUAAUCGAGUUUUCCUUUCUACGAUGUUUGAGGAAACUUUGUCUCGCGAUGCUGUGAUAACAUCAUGUCUUCGGUAACAGAGAUUAGUUUAGCGCAAAUGCGCGUACGAGCAUGUAUGUGGGGGUGUUGCAACUUAGUUGAUUUUGAAACGCACCAAACACUGUUCAACACAUAAAAUUUGUAAUUUCUUUUUGAGAAACUCACUUUACACACUGAUAAAGCAACAUGCAUUGGCUCAAAAUCUCGUGCAUUUUGUGUAUGUUUGGAUGUUUUAAGGACUUCAGACCUUCGGAGUCGUUUAUCACAGAUUAUUUAACCGGUCCGUGGAAAGGAUUCACACCUGAAGAAGUAAACGAACUAAUCUAUCCUGUAUCCACAUACAGCUACAUGGCAACUUUGAUACUAGUGUUCCUGAUCACGGAUCUUGUCAGAUAUAAACCAAUUAUCAUUCUCUGUGGUCUCUCCGGCAUAGUGACGUAUAUUAUGAUAAUAGUUGGCAAGUCUGUGUUGAUAUUUCAGAUUCUAGAGUUCUUUUACGGUCUAUAUUAUUCCACGGAAGUGGCUUACUACACUUACAUAUACGCCAAAGUAGAUAAAGAGCAUUAUCAGAAGGUGACCGGUCAUACCAAGGCAGCUGUAUUAAUUGGACGUAGUAUGUCCGGCCUCAUAGCACAAUUAACGGCCUCUUUUAGAGUAUUGGAUUAUCAUCAGCUCAAUUAUUUAACUCUGACGUCUAUCACAAUUGCGACUGUUUGGGCGCUAUUCUUGCCCUCCGUGGGUCAGUCGAUCUAUUUCCACCGUGCGAACGCUUGCGAGGACGAGCGAAGAAAAAGGUCGCUCGAGCUGCGAGGAAUCACGGUGAGCGUUUUACCGAAUGCAGUGUGCAACGGCGAGAACAGCACGACUUUACAUCAUUCGUUCGCGCAAUUGAAAGCGCCGCUGUUCUACAAGAUCAGAAACGCGUACGUGCUGCUGUGGAAGCACUUUGUGCAGGCCUACGCGAAUGAUCGAGUGCUCAAGUGGUCCGUCUGGUGGGCCUUAGCCACUUGCGGCUAUUUACAAGUCAUCAGCUACGUGCAACUGCUGUGGCAGACCGCGGUCGGGCCCGAUGACGAGAUAUACAAUGGAGCUGUGGACUUUAUAUACGCUAUUCUAAGUGCAGCAAUUGUAUUUUGCAUAGGAAUGAUGCGAUUAAACUGGAAUUUAUUAGGCGACAUCACAUUGUUCGUGUUCUCUCUUCUGGAAGGUCUCAUAUUGCUGUUAAUGUCGUUCAGCGACAACAUCUGGUUCCUAUACGCCGGCUACAUCAUAUUUGGCGUGAUUUAUCACACCAUGGUCACCGUCGCGAGCUUUGAGGUCGCUAAAUACAUAUCCGAAGACAGUUACGGUUUGGUAUUCGGAAUAAAUAUGUUUCUAGCCUUGGUGGUGCAGAGUUUGCUGACGUUUGUAGUCAUUAAUACGCUCGCAAUGAGUAUUAGACCUCAGUUUUUUGUCUAUAGCAGCUAUUUUAUGGUCUUGGCUAUGGUUUACCUCGUAAUGGGCGUCGUCAACGUUGUGCAGCUACAUCGGAGCGGCGAAAGCUUUCAUUUUUGGGUUAACGAUAACAAUAAUCCAUCCGUUACGCAAAACGCCAGCAACUCGAGCAACGAGACAACGACGUCAUCCAAGUCCGAACACAACGACAGCUGAUGCAGUAGCGUUUUAGUUGAGAAUCACACUUGUGUCAAUGGAAGAAAUAGUUUAGAAGAUUUUGACUUAGUCAGAUCUCUCAGAAUGUAUCUCCGUAAAAAAGAAGAUAUUUUUUUCUUGUACAUAUGUCGUAUACGUAUCGUAUAUGCUCUUGUGCAGUAUUAUAUUUUUAUUUAACAAAUUGUUUUUUUUUUCUACCAAAAACAAUUCUAUUAAGUAAAAAACAACAGAGAGUACUUACCGAAUUGGUGCGAAAGAUCUGUCGUUUAUUUUUUUUUUUUUACCGAAUUGUCGGAGCAUUAAAGAAUCUAGAAGUUUAAAAAAUUUUUUUGUACUUCUGAUAUAUGAGAAUAUAUACAUAUUGCGCUAAAUGUUAUACUUAACAUUAUUCCAAGAGACUGAUUUAGAUUUUAUUUGAAGUGAGCGUGCGACACGCAUCUUUUGCAUCAAUCUAGCAAAUAUUGUCUCGUUAUGAGAGAAAGAGAAGUGAAUAGAAAUAGUAAUUUUAGAGACUGCACACAUAUAGUUAUAUGGUAUAUGAUUUUUUGCAUUUAUUUGUUAUAAAUUUGUUAAAAUAAAAAGAGGAAAAUAAUAAAAAAAAAAAAAAAAUUAUGUUGGUACCGUCAUU